AUGUCCGGUUUUUUCUAUUUAGGCGCCAAGAGCCAGCACGACCAAGGCCCUCCGCUACCGGAGCCCAAUUACAACCUGCUCCUGUCCAAAAACGAGGAGAUCGGAUUCGAGCUAUUGGAGCCCGCGGGCUUCUCCAUCGGGCCGGGCGACGACAAUAGGUCUGAGGCGGGGCACUUUCCGCUGGAGCUAAACUCGCCGGCGGUUUUCCGAUGCGUGAGGGUAAGUCCAAUGGACGAAGGCGGUGACGAACAGCUGGCUUAUCAGACGGCGGUCAAAAUCGGCGGCCAUGUUUUCAAGGGGAUUCUCUACAAUCAGGGCUCCGAAAGCCAGCUCCCUGGCAGCGGUGGAGGAGGAGGAGGAGGAGAGGGCACAUUCGGCGGCGGAGGAUCACAACAACGGCCGCCAGCUCCAAUUUCCGGUGGUGGCAACGUGGCGCUUGACCCUUCAAUUUACUCGCCUCAGUUGAGCGGCGGGUUCAUGGGGAUACGCAAUAUUUCCUUCCACCAACACAUUAACGAGUAG